ACAAGCUAAAAAAGGAAGCAUCUUUUAAGUAAAAUAGUAAAAACGAUUUUAUAAGAAUGGAUGCUCAAAAUAAUAUUAACAAGAUGUUAAAUCAAUUGUCAAACAGUAUGACUAACUUCGCAUCAAAAAAAUUAAGUUUUGAUGACAAAAAAAACUUAAAUGAAGAUAGUUCUUGUGAAUUAACAAUGAGUAAAAAAAGGAAAUUAUCAGAAGAUAAAAUUGAUUUACAAUCAACAAUCGUUGCAAAUGAAAACCUAAAUAACAGUAUUAGUAAUGAAAGUUUAAAUACUUCUAUUGGACUACCAUCAAGCCCAUGGGAGACUAGAAGAAUGAAGGCCGAUUUGUUGGAAGCAAAAUCUAGGAUUAUUAAGUUAAAAUCAGAAAUCGAACAACAACAUAAACUGCGUAUAAAUAUGGAAAACCUCUACAGCGCCCAAGUAACAGAGUUGAAAAAGCAAUGCGAAUUUUCUUCUGAUAAGGUUUUGGAUAUGGAAAAACAUUUGAAACUUUUAAGGAAACGUGAAGCUACAGCUAAACAGGACCUAAUUAAAAUAAAAGGCGAACUAGAUCAGAUGAAGCAAAGCUAUGAAGACAAGGUUUAUACUUUGCAAAGAACUAAUUGUGAAAUGGAAGAGAAUACUCGUCACCUGCAACAUCGACUUACAAAUGAAAUAAAUGAAUAUAAAAGGGUUACUGAAAAAUUGCAAAUCGAGCUAAAUAUAGUAAAUGAAGAACUUGAAAAUAUACGAAAUCAUCAAGAUGAGAUGCAAGAAAAAGCCUUUGCUUUUGAUGAACUUCAUUCCGAAUUAGAAGAAGAAAGGCAGGAACAUGAAUUGACAAAAUCAAAAAUAAAAGAAUUAGAAUAUCAGAUUUCUUCUUAUGGAGAUUAUAAGGAAUUAUCAAAAACAAUGGAAAAUCGGUUAGCUAAUAUUCCAGAUUUAGAGAAAGAAAUAAUAAGACUACAGAAGGAAAAUAAAAAUCUUCAAGAAAAUAUUGGUGAAAAACUUUUAUUAGAAGAACAAGUACAUGAUCUAAAAUCCCGAUUAGAAAGGAGUGACAAUGCUUCUUCAGAUGCAGCAGCUUUAAGGACACAAAUAUCGUGUUUAGAACGAGAAUUAAAUGAUUGGAAAAAUGUAGGGAAAGAUCAUUGCCUACCUCACCAACCUGUUAAUCCUAGCACAUUAAGAUCACGAAUUGAGCAAAUUUUGCAAAAGGAUCUAAUUUUGGCAUCUGAAAAAGGAAAUUCUAAAUCCGAAAAAGAAAGCUACCAGUUGCAAGUACAAGAACUUAAGGCUCAAAACGAAAUAUUAUCAAAAAAUAACAACAGUUUAAAGGCUGCAUUGAAGCAAAGGGAGGCAAUUAUGAUGAGAGCAAAGAAAAAGUUAUUAAUGGUGGGAAAAGAAAGAGAUUGUUACAAGCAAUUAGUAGAAAAUUUUGAAAAAGAUAUGACAAUUUCUGGGGCAUUAAUCGACACCAUGAAUCCUGAUUUGCAAAUUCGUACUCGUUGUGAUAUUUUAGAAAAAAGUUUAGUAAGUUAUAAGGAGUUGUGCACAAAUUUGCAAAAGGAACUUGAAUCGGUUAAACAAUAUGCUGAUUUAGGAAUAACAGAGUCUCCCAUUAUUAGUGAGAGCUAUGAACACUUAAAAAAAGAAAUUACAGACUUGCGAUUCGAAAAUGAUCGUCUUAAAAGGCGUAAAGAAGAACUAGAAUUAGAAAUGGAACAUAGAUGUCUAAAAGGCGAUUUUAAUAUUGACAAAUACAAAGUAGUUCACAUGACAAUGAAUCCAGCAGCAGAAGCAUACGAAAACACUAAAAAUGAAAUCGAAAAACUUCAAGCUGAGAUUGAAAGAUUGAAAAGACGAAAUAGGAAAUUAGAGGAAGAGCAAGAAGAAAUGACACAACGUCUCAACGACACCAAUAAUCUUACAGUAAAUAUUAAAGAACUUAAUCACUUGCGUUCCAAGUUAGAAUCGGCUGAAUCAAAAAUGCAGCAUAUGAAAGAAGUUUACAAGUCAGCGAAUUUGGAGUUCCGCGAAGUAUGCUAUAUGCUUUUCGGAUAUCGCAUAGAUCGUGUUGGCAAUUCAAAUUACAGAAUAUCUAGUAUGUAUGCUGAUAGCGAAGAUGAGUAUUUAAAUUUUCGUUUAAAUGAAUCAGGUAUAUUGGAUAUGUUAGAAACAGAUUAUUCAAUUUCAUUGAAUGAGAUGGUUAGUACACAUUUAGCAGCACAUAAUUCCCUUCCAGCGUUUUUAAGUGCAUUAACAUUAGAGCUUUUUAAUAGAACAACUAUUAUGGUAUAACUUUCAAUAAACUUUUUUUUAUUAUAUUAUCUUGUAUUAACGAAAUAAAAAACUUUCCAUCUAACAACUUAAUAUAUUAUAAAACAACAAAUA